AUGGCGGACAAGACCGAAGCACCCCGGAAGCCAGGGAAGAAACCGGAGGUUAUUGAUCUUUGUGAUGAUAGCGAUGGCGCCGGCAAAUCGUCUGGGACGCCUGUGCGCAAUGACGCGGCAAGCAACAAGCAAAAACGAACCAUACCGGGCUUCAAGCCGAAGACUGUGCCUAGCCAUACGGGAAAACACCAAACCGCGUCAAAACGAGUUGAUGCCACUCCUCGAGCUGGCUCGACUAGCAUCCAUUCGAGCUCUCAGAAUUCACAGGCGCAGCAGCAACCACGAAAAUCCAUUCUUCCAGCAAACAAUUCAACUCUCGCUCAGAGAGCAGCAAGCCGUGGUUCCGAGGCCCACGACCCCCCAAGCAGUCACCGCGUCUCACAAACAACAUCCAGUUCGAAUGACAGAGCACGAAGCCCACCUGCAUCUCAGGUGCAGAUCAGUCGAGGAACCAGCAGUACAAUGCUCUCGGGAAUGAGCUCAUCAAAUGCCAGCCCAGGUCCAGCUGGCAAGGUUUCCUCAAAGAAGCGCCGUCAUGAGCGUGAUGGUGCGAUUAGAGAGGCACAUGCCACAAAAAAACUAAAACCUAGCCAAGGGCAGGGCCAGUCAAUCAGCAAGCGCUCCGCCACGCUGUCUGGAACGUAUCAGUCCUCAGGCGCGGGGAGCAAUGGCAAACCUAUUGUCAUUCCGGACUCACCGCCACCAUCAGAGGUACGUUCCAUCAGACGUGAAGCUAGUCCGCGGCCGGAACGCCCAAAAACGCCAAAGCAGCCGAAGACAUUGGCAUCAAAAACUGCUGGAAGAGCCUCAGUAAGCUCUACCCCAAAAUUACAGACCGCCGAUCUUGCCCGCCCUGGAAGCAACCGACGUGAAGCUGUUGAGCACAGAUCCAACCAUGGGUCAAGCAGGGCAAGGAGUCCCACGAUACCCGAGAGCCCGCCAGGUUCACCGCUGGAGAAGAACGCGUCGAAAACGGACACAUGUCCUCGAAGCCCAUCGCUACCGCUGUUCGUUCGACCAUCUGAUAGCACUGAUAGCGAGCCCCUGAAUCCCGAUGUUGAAACGAUUUCCAGUUUCGCCCAGCAAGCAGAGGCCAUACUUGCUUCACAAACGGAUGAYCCAACCGCCGAUGUCACUGCAUCUCGAGUGGAGACGCCCCACGACGAUCGAGAAAAGCCGAGUCCCGCCUUGAACAGACAGAUAACACCACACAGUGCGGUCCCAUCGAAUCUGGCUCCGGCUCCGAAAGACACGACCUCGCCCACAACGCAGGAUCGCCCCGGCAGAAUAUCUUCGACUGGUAGCGCUCACGAUAGACCAUCUGUUUCAGCGAGCACUUCUUCAGGCCGGGUUACCCCAGCCAACCAUGUCGAGCGAGUCAUCACCAAGUACGCCCAAGAGCUGCGUAGCGACAAUGUCUACUGGACGCGGACGCUGCUGAGGUGGGCUCGUAGCAGAGUCGAGACACCCAGGAAGAGUAGCCAUACACCAACCUCUGCGUUCCGAGACUUGAAGCCACUGGAAUUCGUCCAAGUAUCGGAGGAUGAGAGCAUGAGCGAUACUGCCGUGCGCUUCGCCGUAGAAAAUACCAGCGGCGGCGGCAAAGGCUCUCAUACUUCGUAUCUAGUGCCAUGCACCAUGUACAAAACGUCGACUCACGGAGACGUGCCCGACUACUCGCACUUUGUUAAUCUGAAACACAGCUUUCUGGCGCAGAAUGUGACUGUUCUUCAGCAUUGGCCAUACUUCCACGACGACUUCGAGAUCAAAAACGCUGUGGACUUGGAUGAACAAUACUAUCUGGAUGUCAAAGCCCGAGAACGGAAGAUCAAGUGUCUCGCCCAGGCCGAAAACUAUGCGGAGUAUGUCGAAGAUAUGCUGAGUGGCAUUGAGUGCACCUGGUCGGACGUCUUGCGAUUCUUGCUAGAUCCCAAACCAGAUGUUGGCACAAAUCUGGAAGCUCUCGCUGCGCUUCAGAAGAGGGAUAAGUAUUGUGACGAAGAUUUCGUGAGAGGUGGACAGCGAUGGACGACCGUGCUCUCUCAACUCCCAGCAAGCAGCGAUCCUGACAGGAUCGGAAGAGCUGCCCUCCUUUGCCAAUAUUUCAAGAAGAUUGCAAAAUUCCAGCUGUGGCAUGUCGCCAGGAGGAGUGCGUACACCGCGAAAUUGCUUGAGGAAACCGAUCCGAUACCCAAUGCAGAUGAGAUCACCUGCCGCGUCUGCAUGCGGUUCAAUUGCCCAUUCCAUGGCGAGAUCCACGAGGGUCCUUCUGAUGAAAGUGACAGCGAGCAAGAAACUUUUGCCGCCGAGGAGGUAGUCGAGACGGACAUUAUAAAUCCCCAUCGAGUCAACUAUCGAUCCCGCAUGGAAUUCCCCCCAACAGUGGAAGCACGUGAGACGGACGCCGUCAUUGAUCCUAAGCGUAAGAGAGUCGAGUACUGGAACAAGCUUAACUUGAAUCACUAUCCGGAGGAGCGUCCAGGGCCGUUCUACCCAUGCUACCAUCCAGGUACCUCUUGCGACAAGACCCAAUGCCCAUGCUACCAGAAUCGCAUUCCGUGCGAGAAAAGCUGCUCUUGUGAGCCAGGUUGCAAACACAAGUGGCAGGGCUGUGACUGUAGAAUGAAAGGCGCCAUGAUCUGCUUCGAGGAUCAGAGAUGCGCAUGCUUUCAGUACGGCCGGGAGUGCGACGCUGAUCUCUGUGGGGAWUGUGGCGUGAUAGAUGUCCUGGAUCCAGUCCAUCGCCAUGACGAGACAAUCUUGAAAGGCCGGUGCCACAAUGCGAGCAUCCAGCGUGGGGUGCCCAGACAUACCAUACUCGGCAAAAGUGGAAUACAUGGCCUGGGUCUCUACGCUUGCGAAGACAUCAAGCACCACGAUUUUGUGGGAGAGUACAAAGGCGAGAUCAUCACCGAAGAGGAGGCUGAACGCCGGGGCGCAGUCUACGAACAUCAGAAGUUGAGCUACCUGUUCACGUUAAACAGGAAACAGGGGGUGGACAGCACCCUCUUCGGCAACAAGGUGCGAUUCAUCAACCACGCCUCUGAAAAGCAAGCCAAUAUCUACCCUCGAAUCAUCAUGGUCAACACCGUUUUCCGCAUCGCGCUGUACGGAGCACGGGACAUCAAGGCCGGUCAGGAACUGUUCUUUGAUUAUGGCCCGCAAUUCCCACAAGAUCAGCUCGGCUUUCCAAAAAGCAAAGCCAACAAGGAGAGGAAGGCAGCUCCUCAUGUCCGCAACAAAAACUUGAUUGCGGAGUUCGAUGAGAUCGGUGAGAGCGUCGAUAAGUUCGGCAACAGGCGAGCUGUAAAGACUGCUACUGCUGCUGGUGACAGGCGUGGCAAACUUGCGUCCAAGAGUUCUGGUUCUGGCCCUGGUGGUCACAGUAGCCGUGAACGAAGUCUCGUCGCUCGGAAGUCGACUGCGCUCCAGCCGCCGCCUAAACGCAGCGGUGUGCAAGCUAAUAGGUCACGAAGUGAUAGAUCUGCAGACCAUGAGCAGGCCAGGAACCCUUUCGAUGACAUGGACCUCGACGCUGGCCAACGUCUAUCGAGCUAUAACGUAGCCGAUGAAGAUGAUCGAGCGCCCGUUCUACCCAACGACGAUGACGACGAAGACUUUGAUCCACGGAGUGAGCGAAGCGGCGACGAUCGGGCUUUGGACGAGACCAGCUCGAUUGAUGGUGAUGAUGAGGACGAGGACGAUGAUGAGGUAGUUAUGCAUACUCGUCCGCGCAGCUCGCGUCGGCGUAGGUAG